AUGGCGGGGCGGCAGGCCGGGGCCGGGGCCGGGGCCGGGGCGCUGCUGGCGCUGCUGGCGCUCCGGGCGCUCCGGGCCGCCGCGCACCCGCAGUGCCUGGACUUCAGGCCGCCCUUCCGGCCGCCGCAGCCGCUGCGUUUCUGCGCGCAGUACUCGGCCUUCGGCUGCUGCGCGCCCGAGCAGGACGCGGCGCUGGCCCAGCGCUUCGGGGCCCUGGCGGCCCGCGUGGACGCCGCCGUGUGGGCCGACUGCGCCGGCUACGCGCUCGACCUGCUGUGCCAGGAGUGCUCGCCAUACGCAGCCCACCUGUACGACGCGGAGGACCCGGCCACGCCACUGCGGACGGUGCCCGGGCUCUGCGAGGACUACUGCCUAGACAUGUGGCAGCAGUGCCGGGCCCUGUUCCGCCACCUCUCGCCCGACCGUGAGCUCUGGGCGCUGGAGGGCAGCCGCGCCAAGUUCUGCCGCUACCUGUCCCUGGACGACGUGGACUACUGCUUCCCGCACCUGCUGGUCAACGAGCGCCUCACCUCGAACCUGGGCCGCGUGGUGGCCGACGCCGAGGGCUGCCUGCAGCUGUGCCUGGAGGAGGUGGCCAAUGGGCUGCGCAACCCCGUGGCCAUGGUCCACGCCCGGGACGGCACCCACCGCUUCUUCGUGGCCGAGCAGGUGGGGCUGGUGUGGGCCUACCUGCCCGACCGCUCGCGGCUCGAGAGGCCCUUCCUGAACAUCAGCCGGGCCGUGCUGACUUCGCCCUGGGAGGGUGACGAGCGGGGUUUUCUGGGCAUCGCCUUCCACCCCAGCUUCCGGCACAACGGCAAGGUCUACGUCUACUACUCCGUGGGGGUCGACUUUGAGGAGUGGAUCCGCAUCAGUGAGUUCAGGGUCUCAGAGGACGACGUGAACACCGUGGACCACGGCUCUGAGAGGAUAAUCCUGGAGAUCGAAGAGCCAGCUUCCAACCACAAUGGCGGCCAGCUGCUCUUUGGGGACGAUGGGUACCUCUACAUCUUUACCGGAGAUGGGGGGAUGGCUGGAGACCCCUUUGGAAAGUUUGGAAAUGCCCAGAACAAGUCGACGCUGCUGGGCAAGGUGCUGCGCAUCGACGUGAACCGCAACGAGCGCGGCCCGCUCUACCGCAGCCCGCCCGACAACCCGUUCGUGGGCGACCCCGCCGCGCGCCCCGAGGUCUACGCCCUGGGCGUGCGCAACAUGUGGCGCUGCUCCUUCGACCGCGGCGACCCGGCGACGGGCGCGGGCCGCGGGCGCCUCUUCUGCGGCGACGUGGGCCAGAACAAGUUCGAGGAGGUGGACCUGGUGGAGCGCGGCCGCAACUACGGCUGGCGCGCGCGCGAGGGCUUCGAGUGCUACGACCGCAAGCUGUGCGCCAACGCCUCCCUCGAUGACGUGCUGCCGAUUUUCGCCUACCCUCACAAGCUGGGCAAGUCGGUCACCGGGGGCUACGUGUACCGGGGCUGCGAGUACCCCAACCUCAACGGCCUGUACAUUUUCGGGGAUUUCAUGAGCGGGCGCCUGAUGUCCCUCCAAGAGAACCCAAGGACAGGCCAAUGGCAGUACAGUGAGAUCUGCAUGGGCCAGGGCCAGACCUGCGCCUUCCCGGGCCUCAUCAACAACUACUACCCAUACAUCAUCUCCUUCGCAGAGGAUGAGGCAGGGGAGCUGUACUUCAUGUCAACGGGCAUGCCGAGUGCCACAGCUGCACGCGGGGUGGUCUACAAAGUGAUCGAUCCUUCGAGACGGGCGCCCCCCGGCAAGUGUCAGACCCAGCCGGCCCAGGUGAAGGUGAGGAGCCGCCUCAUCCGCUUCGUGCCUAAAGAAAAAUUCAUCGGGAGGACCAGGAGCACCCCACGGCCCACAGCGCGCGCGCCCACCAAGGCGCCCCGCCGCAGCCGUCCCACGGCCGCUCCUCCCGUGCCCACUCCGCACGCGGCCCGGCCCACGCGGCGACCCGGGAGGCGCAGGGGCAGCGGCCGACGGCGGGGGCGGCCGAGCGCGGCGAGCCCGGCGUCGUCGAACGGCGCCGUGCGCCUGGUGCGGCCCGCGGGCCUGAGCCCGGGCCGCGGGCGCGUGGAGGUAUUCGUGGGCGGGAGCUGGGGGACCGUGUGCGACGACGCCUGGGACGCCAAGGCCGCCGCCGUCGUGUGCCGCCAGCUGGGCUUUGCGCACACGGUGCGCGCCACGAAGCGCGCCGAGUUCGGCGAGGGCCGCGGGCUGCCCAUCCUGCUGGACGACGUGCGCUGCUCGGGCGCCGAGCGCAGCCUGCUCGAGUGCACGCACGCUGGCGUGGGCACACACAACUGCGAGCACCAGGAGGACGCGGGCGUGGUCUGCAGCCACGAGGACCCCAACCUGUAGGCGGAGCACCCUCUGACCGGGCCCUCCUCCAUCUGACCCGCGCCUGACAGGGCCCCUUCCGCGCGUGAGUGCCUGGUGUGUGCACACGCGUGCAGGGGCCCGAGGUUCCUGUGAGUGUAUGGGAUGAGCUGGUCUGUCCGUGUGUGCUGUCCUGGGAAGCCGGGGUCCCCAGGGCAGCACAGGGGUGUGUGUGUGGAGUGCAUGCGGUCCGUCCGGUGUUUUCUGUAGACCUAAAGCCUGAGUGUGUGUUGGGGUCCGUGUGUGGAAAUGUUUUUGUCUUACGUCCAAGUACCCCUAGCAGCAGCAGGGACACAGUGUGGCCGCAGGACCCUGAGGACCGAGUGGGCAGCCAGGGUGACACCUGGCUGCCUAAACAGGGGCACGGCCAGCAGAAUGGGGAAGGGCAGCGGGCCUGGCCUGGCCCCGCUGGGAUGGAAGGCUCUAGACUGCUGGACCGGGGCCCAGGAACGUGGCCGAAGAGUGUGGACCAGUGGGCUGGGAGGUCAGAGGCUCGGAAACCAACAGGAAGGCACCCAGUGGGGCAAGGAAAGGCUCGGUCCCUAACAGACUGAUGGGUUCGGGGUGCCCUGUGGGCCAUCGCCACCCCAGUGAGGUCAGGCUGCCUGGGAGGAAGCGAGUCCCCAUCUUGGGGGAGGGUGUCUGGGGGCCUGGAUGUUCUCUGAGUCUGUUGCUGGGAAAAGCCUCCGGCCAUGUGAACUUCCCCAUCGGGUCCGCGUCGGUGCUCUGGGGAGGGUGCUGGGCCUCCUUCCAGCCUGAGGUCUGACCCCCCUGCUCCUGGUGCAGAAGCCCCUCAUGGGUGGGGCUUCCACUCAGCCACGCUGAGUACCAAGCUCCUGGGGGCAUUUCUCAGCUUCCAGGGCUGUGUUGUGGCCACCCUUCCCCACCCUGUCAGUGAAUCCCAGGGACCCCCUGAUUCCCCCAGGACUCCCUUCCCCCGGGUCGGGUGCGACCGCUAAGGCUUUGUCAAGCAGGGCUGCGCGGGCAACGUGACUGUUUACAAACCACCCUUCCACCUCUUCUUUCUGACCCAGGCCUGCCUGGGGGAUGUGGGGGGUCCGCAGCCUCCCUGUGGCUUUCCAGGUGAUGGGUCUGAGGCACAGCACGGCAGCAGCUUCCACCAGGGGCCAGAGCCUCUGCGUUCCUUCUCUCACGAAGGCCUCCACCUGGGCUCAGCCCGGCCCCUGGUGGGGAGCUGUGUUGGGUGGGCCCAGUCUUGGCAGGGGAUGGGGGCCGAGGGGGGAGAGACAAAUGAGCCACCGGGCAGCGAGGACAGGAUAUAGCCAGCAGCAACUCAGGGACACAUAGGGGGCUGUGGGGGUCUUGGUGAGGUGGCCCAACCCAGUCUGGAGGGCUUCCUGGAAGAGGUGAUGCCUGCAUAGCGUUCUGAGAGUUGAGCUGUCACUGGGGUGGUGUGUCAGGCAGAGGCAGCAGUGGGUGCCAAAGCUGGGUGGGGUCAUCCAGCAGCUGGUUGAAGCUGAGUGUAGAAUAGGGGGCUGCAGAAGAAAGCUUUAGGGGUGACCUCCAGAAUCCUCCUACCUUUGUGCUAAAGUGGGGUUGCUGAGGGGUCAGGCCCUCGUGGCUUGUCUGGUCCUGCUGAGCCUGUUUGGAAAUCGCAAUUAGCACUGCCAUCAAAUGUGCUGCAGACACGCUGGACACGCUGCAAGCGCUUUAGGGCACCUGUUAGCUCAUUUAAUCUCCAGGACAGCCCUAUUUUCUUUCUCCUUGAAAGAUGGGGAAACGGGUGCAAAGAGGUUAAACAUCUUAGUUGAGGGCACCCAGCCAGGGAGGGAAGAAGCCACAUUUGAACGCACGCAGCCUGCUUCUAGAGCCUGCCUGUACCCUAACCACCGCACUCCCCAGUCCGAAGGGUACUAAACCCCCAGAAGGGCGUGGCUUGGCCAGGGCUGCCCAGGGCCUCUGCCCAGUGCAGGCUGCCAGCCUGGCUGGGAAGCAGCUCAUGGAGACCCCUGUGGGCCCCUCUGCCCAGCGGGCGGCUGUGCUGCUGGCUUCCUGCUGACCGUGGGCCUCGCAGCGCCCAGGGUGCUGAGCUGGCAUCUGGACUUCCUGCCUGCUGGCUGCCCGGGACGCAGUGAAAUUCUGAACUGCUUGGUGACUGCCAGGCCCAGCUCUUCACAGUACGGAUGGGGAAGCAAACCCACGGAGGCCGAGUGCCCCUGGCCUGUUGCCAGGAGCUGAGCUGAGCCCAGAACCUGGAAAGUGCAGGUGGCAGCAUGAGGCCCUGGCCCGGCCCCCCGGCCCCCCCACCCUGAGCAGCUGUUCUGCCGGCGGCAGGACCUGGCCAGUUGGGGAGAGGGGUCCCAGCAGCCUCUACCUCCUCUCCAGGGGGCACCUCCCACUGCUCCUCAGCAUCCACAGCCUGGGACCACCCCCCCGGCAACCUCCCCUAGGUGAGAGGGUGGUCUGGUCCUGAGCCCCAAGUGUGACUGUCAUUAGUGGGAGGUGACUGGUGGGUGGGAACAGUGAGGACCCUGCAAGAUGCGGGGGGUCGGGUGGGCGGGGAGAGCCUGGGUAAGGUCCUGGUUCCCCACUCUCCACUCCUCCGGGCCGUGCUGGCCUCACCCCGCCAGUCCUCCUUUCAGGAGGCGCCCCGCCUGCUCCCCUCACUCCUCCCAGGCAUCACCUCUCAGGGCCCGGACAAGGCUCGGGCUGGGGGCUGGUCCCACAGCGGGGCCUGACUCACCAGUCCCUUAGGCCAUGAGAAUAAGGAGAGCUAACUUAGUUGAGCACUUGCUGUGUUUCAGGCCCAGAGAGUUACUCACCAAAAGUCACACAGCCUAUUUAAUAUUUGAACCCAGGCUCUGCUUCUCUGGAGCUCAGGCUGUAGGCUCUGGCCUUGCUGUGCCACCUCAGGGCCUUGAAUUCAUUGCUGCCCCCAUCAGACCCUGUCUUUAUGCAGAUGGGGUAACUGCUCCUCCCCACCAGGGAGUGGCAGAGUCAGGUGCAGGCUCGCUGUCCAGUGCUCCUUCCACCCUCACUGGCUGCCAAGGGAGUGCUCACUUCCUCCCUAGAGUCCUCCAAGCCCCUGGGGAUGAGGCAGGUCCCUGUCAGGCCUCCUCCCAACCAGCCUCCGCCCGCACCUCCUGCAGCCAUAUGCCAGAAUGAGCUCACGAACCAAACCCUUGCCACAUCCAGAAAGGGGCUGCCUCUGCCCAAUGGCACACAAUUUACUUCUAGUGCCCUCAGAGCCCAGUGCCCAGCACGUGUUUCCCCAGACCACUUGUUCUCCUGAGUCCCUCUGGCAAGUCCCAGCUGGGCCAGGGGCCCUGGGAGGCUGCCCUUCUCCUUCCACAAGAGGAAAGGCCCUCUGUCCCUGAAAGCUGCAGGCAGCGACUGAUGCCAAGCAAGCUAGCGCUCAACCCCUGGCAUCCCUGUGUUUACACUUUCUGAAUGCUUGACUAAGAGGCACCAUCCAGGAGCCAGAGACCAGGGUUCCAGUCCUGGCUGUGUGACCUUGGGGAGGUCACUUAACCUCUCUGAGCCUCUUUGAAAAGCAGAGGUGAUACUGUAUCUCAGCAGCAUCCUUGGAAGAAUAAACGAGGUAGCAUUUGCAAAUGUGCUCUGGCCCUGAGAGGGCAGUACACGUGUAAGGGGUGUGGUUAGACUCUCCAAAUAGCCAGGGACCCUGCCAGCCUUGGUUUUGAACAAAAGUCACAGACACAUGUGACAGAAUAGUGUUAACUGAACAAAAUGAAAUUUUAAAAUCCCUAUGACAUCUUGCAUUUUCCAUUUGAUUAUAUGCUUUUGUCAUUUCUUGCCCCCCACAAAAACUGAUGUCCAAACAAGCAGCAGCUGGAGUCCGUGUCUGGCCCAUUCUCGGCUGCUCAAUGGGCAAAAGUGCAACACCAGCCAGGGGUCUCCACUGGCUUCUGCCAACUGCACAAGCGAGAGUGGGGAGGGGCUUGCUGAGGAGGGACCACCCUAAGAAUGGCCUGGGAGCACAUACUCAAAAUGGGAGGAAAAUUAGCCCCUUCCUGCUAACAGGUAGAACCCCAGUCUUCUUGUGGGGCCUCAAUCCUCCUAGCUGCCUACUAAGAAUGAGCAUUUAUUGAGCACUUACUGUGUGCUGGACAUGUCAGUUCAUUUAAUCCUCACAGUGGCUCCAUAAGGCACCCUUGACAUCACCAGCCCCAUUUCCAGACAAGGAGACAGAUCCCAAGGGUAAUUAGGUAACUGACUUCGCGUCCCAUGGCAGGAGAGGAAGGGGCCUUGGACUGAGACACACCCUUCCCAGGGACCCAUCCUUCCCCUCCUCCACCCUGCCAUGCACCCAAGAGAGACAGCCCUUCAGAGCUGCCCACCUGUUCUGCCUGCAUCUUCCCCAGUGAUCCUGCUGGGAAGCCACUUCCUGCCUGGAGGCCACACCCGUGGUUCUCCAGUCACCUGCAGGGAUUGUUUAAAGCACAGGUUGUCAGAUCCUGUCCUCGACUCAGGAAGCCUGAGGUGGGGCUGAGACGCGGCAGCACUCACAAGUCCAGGUGAUGCUGACGCUGCUGGUUCUGGGGCCACCUGGAGAGCCAUUGUGUCCACCAGCCCUGUCCAACAGAAACAUGACGGGAGCCACAUCUGUAAUUUUUAAUUUUCUGGUAGCAUAUUAAAAAGGUAAAAAGAACC